UUGAAAGUAGCUGCAGAGACUCGUCUAUGUGAACGUUCAGUUGCUGUAACUACCCUCAGGAGACGAGAUCAUUGGUUACUGUGCUCUGCCUUCACUGAGAUAAAGACAUGGGGACCAUUUGGUUUGCAAUUUGGUGCAUUUUAACUGUUUUUCAGCCUCCAAAUUUAGUGACUGCUGAGGAGCCAGUAUGUGUACCUGGAUUUCAGUCAGAUCAGCUCACUUUCAGUGUGAUGAGAAUCUACCUGACACAAGGCACAGUAUUGGGCAAAGUGGGCUUCUCUGACUGCACAGAUCGCACAAGAUUUCUGUUCGACACCUCUGACAAACGUUUUGUAGUAAAGACCGAUGGUGUACUGAUGGUAAAGAGACCAGUUUUUCUUCAUGAAGGACACCAUGACUUCUUCAUCCACUCCUGGGACUCACAAGGCCGCAAACUGACCAUUCCUGUCAGUGUGAGCAUGAAUGCAGCUGAUGCUCAGGUGCCUGUUCUGCAGUUUCCCGAGCCUGGUGAAGGACUGAAGAGGAGGAAAAGAGACUGGGUCAUUCCUCCAUUAAAUGUUCCUGAGAAUCAGAGAGGAACCUAUCCCUUAAAAGUAGCUCAAAUCCGCUCUAAUGAAGAUAAAGCAAGGAAGCUCUUUUACAGCAUCUCUGGUCCUGGAGCUGAUCUGCCUCCUGUUGAUCGUUUCAUAAUGGACAAACAGACUGGCAAUCUGUAUGUAACACAACCACUCGACAGAGAGGAAACGGCCAGUUACACGUUUCUAGCACAUGCUGUGGCUGAUGGAGCAGGACAAGCUGAGGAUCCCAUGGAGAUUAUAGUCAAUGUGAUCGACCAGAACGACAACAAACCUUAUUUUACGGUGGAGUACAACGCAAAUGUUGCUGAGGCCACGGCCAUCGACACAGAGGUGGUUAAGGUUGAGGCCAAAGAUGAUGAUGAGCCAGAUAAUCUCAACUCAGACAUCCGCUAUCGUAUUCUGAACCAGGACCCACCGCUGCCCACUGACCACAUGUUUGAAAUCAACCCAGUUACUGGAAGCAUCAGAGUCACUGGUAGAGGAUUAGACAGAGAGAAAUAUCCACAGUACACUCUGACAGUACAAGCAGCAGAUAUGGCGGGAGAAGGUCUUUUUGCACAAGGAAAAGUAAUUCUCACGGUGACAGAUGGCAGCAGCAAUGCUCCUGAGAGUGGCAGUAAUGUGGAACCAAAUACUGCACGCGUUUUUCCAGAUGUUUUCUUCACUGAGAACAACAGAGGACCCUAUCCUAUUAAGUUAAUUGAAAUACGGUCUGAUGAACAUCAAAAGCAGAAUUUACAUUACAGCAUCUCUGGUCCAGGAGCUGAUCAGCCUCCUGUUGCCCUUUUCACCAUGGAUAGAGACACUGGCAGUCUGUAUGUCACACAGCCAGUCGACAGAGAGGAAGCAGCUCAUUAUAAGCUACAAGUGCAUGCCGUGGCAGAAAGUGGAGAUCACCAGGAGGUCCUGAGUGUUACAGUUAAAGUCAUCGACCAGAAUGACAACAAACCUGUCUUCACUCAAAACACCUUUGAGGGACAAGUUGCUGAAAACUCAGUAAAAGGUUCUGAAGUGAUUAAGGUCGAGGCUACAGAUGCUGAUGAACCAGAUAAUGCCAACUCAGAUAUCCGUUACAGUAUUCUGAGCCAGGACCCACAGCUGCCCAGUGACAACAUGUUUGAAAUCAACUCAGUUACUGGAGCCAUCAGAGUUGCUGGUACUGGACUGGACAGAGAGAAAUAUCCACAGUACACUCUGACAGUACAGGCAGCAGAUAUGGAGGGAGAAGGGUUAUCUGGACAAGCACAAGUAAUCCUCAAGGUGGUGGAGAGCCAGUAGUCCUGGAAAAGCUUCAGGUCUCCUGUUCCUGCUUGAGAAGCGGAGAGAAGGAGCACAAAGACAUCAGAGACAUCUAUCACUGCGCUGGAGGCUGAUUCUACAUGACGCUCUCUUCAUAUACAUGUGUGAAUGUUAGAUAGAAAGCACUUACAUAGAAAAAAGUGCUUGUUUAGAUGGGUGUGAAUGCGUGAAUGAGGCAGGUUGUGCAAAGCGCUUUGAGUGCUCAGAGUGUUAAAUAAGUGCUAUAUAAGAACCAGUCCAUUUAUCAUUCAUACGAGCAGUUAAAAUGGCCAAAGCUAGUUUGUCAGUGAUCAUGUGACAAUAAAAUCCCAGCAUAGUUCUUCUUCACAUGUAAGCAUUUUGUAGGUGGUGGGAAGUUCUGCAUAUGUAGGAAGGUCUUAGAAAACUUGCAGGGGGAGCUGUGUAUCUGCUACUUUUCUUUUCCAUAAUUAUUGUGGGACUAGAAUGCUAUGGAGCGCUCUUUCAAGUGAUUUUCUUACUCUGUUUGUUGUAAUCAAAACCUAAGAAAACAAAAGAUUGAAAUGGUGUAAACCACAGUCAGCAGCUGCGCAAACAAUAGAUUUGAUGAUGUGUUGGAACAUGAUCAUGCUGUCACUGAGGAAUAUGCUUCUUUAUAGUAAAUGAAACAUAUGAAACUAAUUAAGAGUAUCAGUAUCUGAACAUAAAAGUUCACAGUUGGUUAUGUCGAAAAGUACCUUUAAAUUGCAAAGAAAUCAGGUACUGUGACUUUAUCCUGAUGCACACUCAAAAUAAAGUACUAGUACAUCCACUUACAAGUUUGUAGAAGAAACUUGUAAGUGGAUGUUGUGUAGAAAGUCGAGAUAUUUUGGAGGAAGUGUAUGAUGACAGGGAUCAUUUUGCUGUUAUGUUCAGUACUGAGACAUGCCAAAUGACAUUUCAGAUCUAGUUACCGCUUCAUGAAUUGAACACACAAUCCAGUCAGUAUUGUCUGAUUUAAAAUACACCUGGUGCUGAAUAUUAUUUUUACUUAAUAACACGGUUAUACUGCAAUUAGUUUAGUUUUUAUUUAUGCCAUUGUUAGUGGGCUUUUCUUCCCAGCAAAUAGACUGACUAACACAGAUAAAUAUAUUCCUGCAAAAACUAUCAACGCAUGUCCGUUUUGACCUCAGAGAAAUCUUUAUUCAGUCUAAAGAUCAGAAAACAGAACUAUCUCUGUCAUUGCACCAACCUUUACAUUUGUCAAAUAUCGUUUUUUUUAAUAUACUACGGAGGUGUGCUGUGUUGUCAGUUGAUCUGGAACAAUGGCUCAACAUAAGAACCACAUGAAUGCCGGGACCCCAGGUUACCCACCAAAAAAUUGCAUUGUAACAAAACGGCCAGUGUUAAUCACCAGUAAGUGUUUUUUUAACAUUGUGGCCCAAUACCGUAUAGUCAAAGUUCUUUUAAUAUGGCCUGCUGGGUAAAGCACAAAUAAAUAAUGUACAUGUACUACACAUGUAUAAGAAAAGAAAAUGGGAUUGUUGUUCUUUUUUUUACAGUAACUGUCUAUACUGUAUCUCUUGCUAUGCUGCCUCUUAUAUCCUCUUAAAGCCAAUAAAAUUAACCAUCGAAAAUCA